GUGACUCAACUCGAAAGUAAAACUGGAUGGUAUGCUAAAUUAGAUUCUAAUAACGCCCCGCCUGAAUACUUCUCUCGGAUUUACGUUCGUGUAAGUAGUUUUUCUCGAAAUUAUUUGACUACUACAGAAGGAUAAUUACUUUUUUACUACAGUAAUUACUUUACUAGCCUACUAGCAAAAUAAUUGCAAAUUCACCCAUUGCCGCGUAGUUGAUAGCUCAAAGGUGCGUCUCGAAAGUUGGAGUAAACGAAGCCGAAGGUUUGACUCCAGUUCUUAACAGAAACAAAAGUGAAAGUGAACAAGCACAUUAAAACAUAGGCUACACAGAAUAUGCUCGCUAGUUAGCUACAGCGAUGGCAGACGCGUAUUUGUUUCCUUUGCUCGUCGAGCUAGAGAGUAACCAAAAUGUCUUAAAACUCAAAAACAAGUUGGUGAAAUAUUUUCAAAGUAAGAAGGCUAACGGGGAUGACUGUCAAGUGGAAUGCGGAGCAGACAAAAGCACCGUAGUGCGCUUUAAAACUGAGGAUGCCAGGCAGAAAGUUGUCAGUAAACAGGUGCACGAAAUCAUUUUGGAUCAAGAACGGAUAAAACUGACUGUUCGAUUACCAAAAGAGGUCUCAAGUGCAAAUGAAGCAUCGGCUGACCCUCUCGCAGACAACACAUGUGUUAGGGAGCCAGUGGACAGCCUUCUCAUGCCAACAUAUAAACGGAAGGCAGAAACCGACACACCACAGCCGGAAGUGUUAGGCUUCAAAAAGAAAGCUAUAGUUGUUGCCAACCAAUUAAGCUACAAGGUUCCGGAGGAGGAGGAAAAGGAGGAUGAGGAAAAGGAGGAGCAAGGCUCUACCUCGUCUGUGCUUGGGAACGUGAAGGAGAACCAGGAGUUCCUGGAGAUGCUGGUGGAGAACAUCCUCAGUAGUCUGGGAUCUGGUUCUGACUCCCCUUCGGCAUCAGAAACCUUCAGUCUGGAGAUUCUGCCUGACACUGCCAUGGCUGUGGUGACUUUCCAAAGUGUUCAAGAGAGCAAUAAUUUCGUCUCAAACUGCAUCGCAAACAGAGUGUUCAAAAAAAAUAAGUUGACAGUCAGGCCUCUGGAAGUCACAACUAAAGCCAUUUUGGAGGACGUUCCCCCAAAUGUCAGUUCAGACCACCUCCUCCUGUACUUUGAAAAAGAAGGCGAGGAUGUGCAAGAUGUUUCAGUAAAUGAAGAGGAGCAAACUGCCAUCAUCAACUUUCAGGAUCCUAGAGCUGUUGGCAGAAUAAUUAAGAGGAAACAUCAAAUUCACAACCAACCAGUAAUGGGUUUCCCAUUCUAUGAAUCCCUGGGAAUGGCGCUAUAUGGUAAAAACAGACCCUCUUUAAAACUCCCGCCAGCCCACAGUGAGAACAUCGAUCAAGACGUUUGGAAAUACCUCUGUGAUACUCGGGAAGCUGCAGACUCCAUCCACCAUGACCUCGCCCAGCAUUUCUGUAAGGUGGACCUCCAACAACCAACUGUCAAGUUGAGCCCGCUGCCUGAACUCCUUAAACAGAAGGGGAUCAAAGCCAAGGAUCUCCAGGAGUGGAAGGGCACUGUGCAGACAGCUUUCCUUCAAGCAUUGGCUAAAUACAAACUGUUGAAGCUCCUUGUCCAGGCUGCAGCCUGGGAAGAAGCUGAGCGAGAGAUCAAACACACAGUGUCGGGGGCAGAAGUAGUGGUGGUCCCUGACAAGGCCCAGGGUGUCAUCACAGUGGUCGGCCUUGUAGAAGAAGUGAACAGACUAAAACCGACACUGAAUGAGAUAUUGGAUAAUAUAGACAAAAGAAUACAAAGGGAGAAAUCUAGCAUCAAACAAGAUGUCAAUUUGUGUCCGUCUAUCUAUCAAAUCCUGUUAAAAGAUGGCCUAAAUGACAAGCUGGCGAUUGAAUACCCAGAGCUGAAAAUGACAUACGAUGGCAAUAAAGGGUUUGUCACCUUUUACGGCCUGCAGCAGGAAGUGUUGGACGGCAAAAAAAAGGUUUUAGACAGAGUUGUGGCAUUGAAACGGAAGACUCUGGAAUGGGACGACUACAUGGUUGAGUUUCUGCAGGGUGAAGACCAAGAAAAGCUCACAGACUCUCUUCUGAUUUCAAAGGGAAUUCACGCAGCUCUAGAGAUUGACAACCGUCUGCAGUUACUUGCUUUAUCAGAGGAAUCAUUGAGUGAAGCAGAAGAUCAUCUUAACAGGCUUCUGUUGUCCGAGUACAUAGAUAUUGAAGACUGCAAUGUCCUGGAGAUGUCAGAGUGGCAGGAUCUGGUUUCACGCAUGGAACACACCUCCAACAUGUCCUUUAGAAAAGUCAGGAUCCAGACUACUGGGGACGAUCAGAGAGUAGUGGUAUCAGGAUACAAAGACAGUGUUUUAUCAGUACGGAAUGACCUAAAUGACUUUAUGCACCAAAAUGCUGAAGUUGAAGAAACUCUUGAGGUCAAGCGAGAGGCCAUAAUCAAAUUCAUUCAGAACCAUCACCGAAAUGCCUGGUCUGAUUUGGCUAGCGAUAAAGUGAAUGUAACUUUCAGGAAAGAGAAAGUUGUCUUAAACGGUGCCAGGGUUCAUGUCACAUCUUGCAAAUCUGGAUUUGAAGACUUGAUAUCAUCCACAUGCUUUAGUGUGUUGACAGUGUCCAAGCCUGGAGCAAAGAAGUUAUUCCAGGAUGAAGGUGCCAUGUAUGUGUCCACAGUUAUGGGCCAGACAGGCUGUUUGGUACAGCUAGUUGAGGGGAGCCACGAUACCGGACAAGAUUCGGCACUUGGAGGUGCUUCAAAGCCAAUCUACCAAGUUACAACAUCAGACGGGGUAGAAAUUGCCGUUUCUAAGGCCGAUGUAUGCAGCUAUGCCGUGCAUGCGGUCGUCAAUGCAGCAAAUGUAGACCUACAGCAUAGUGGAGGUUUAGCCGGGGCGCUCCUGGAUGCCGCUGGACCUCGUCUGCAGGACGAAUGUGACCAGAUCAUCAACCGCAAGGGGAAACUGAAGCCAGGAGACUGUGUCCUCACGGGCGCGGGAGGUCGGCUCCGUUGUAAAAGUAUCAUCCACGCAGUGGGACCCCGGUAUGAUCACGCAAACCCCCAGAAGGCUGAGGGGCAGUUGAGGAGAGCGGUGAAAGGGAGCCUGGAUUUAGCGGAGACUAACAACUGCCUCUCUGUGGCUCUGCCAGCUAUCAGCUCUGGGAACCUCGGCUUUCCCCUGAGCUUGUGUACCCAAACUAUAGCAAGAGCUAUCAAGGAUUACUGUGACGACAAGUUUGGUGAGAACACCUUGAAGAAGAUCCAUUUGGUGGACAACGAUGACAGGACGGUUGAGGCCAUGGAGGCAGCAGUGAGGAAGGAGUUUGGUGACCACGGAACAAGCCACGCUCAGCUGAGCCCUCUGACCAGCGCCACACCAACCCAGCAUGUCCCUAUGGUCCUCAGUACAAAGAACUCAGACAGAGUGAAAACCAGAGAAGGGCUUUCCAUCGUGUUAAUGAGAGGAAACAUUCAAGAUGCUUCGACUGAGGCACUUGUGAACACGGUGGGUGAAGACUUAGUUCUUAACAGCGGCGCAGUCUCAAAGGCCAUCUUGAGUGUGGCUGGACCUGAACUCCAGGCCCUGGUCGACCAGCAAGCUGUCAGAGGUAACUGCGGGGACAUCAUUGUCACCAGCGGUGGCAACCUCAAGUGCAAGGUUGUGUUUCACACCAUCGCCCCUAACUGGGACAAUGGAGGAGCAGUGGCUCAAAAGAUGUUGAGUAGGAUUGUGAAGGAAUGCCUGGAUAAGGCAGAGCAUCAGCGACUCAGCUCCAUAACGUUCCCUGCAGUGGGAACGGGGAACCUGGGCUUCCCCAAAGACCUCGUGGCUUCUCUUAUGCUAAACAAAGUCCUCAAGUUCAGCAGUAAGAAGAACCCAAAGCACCUGAAGGAGGUGGUGUUCGUUCUCCACCCAAGUGAUCCGCAGACUAUCCAGGCUUUCAAUGAUGAAUUUACCAAGAAGUUCACAACCCAGUCUGCUUUCUCUGGGGCAACCACAGCUGCAGCCACAGCAACACCUAAAGGCUUUUUUUCCAAGGUCACGUCAAGUUCAGGGGUGCAUGAGACAACCAUGUCAGGCGUGGUUAUACAGGUUGUCACGGGAGACAUCACCAAGGAGACCACUGAUGUCAUUGUUAACUCCUCCAAUCAGGACUUCAGCCUCAAGUCAGGGGUAUCAAAGGCCAUUCUGGAUGCAGCUGGGCAGACUGUGGAAGCAGAAUGUCAGCUACUGGGAGCCCAACCUAACGCAGGAAUGAUAAUGACCCAGCCUGGCAACCUGCAGGCAAAGAAGAUCAUCCACCUGAUUGGCCAGACAGCUCCACAGAAAAUCUUCAAGGCUGUGAAGGAGGCACUCCUUAUGUGCGCUGUAAACAACUACACUUCCAUCUCCAUCCCUGCUCUAGGAACAGGCCGAGGCCAGGUUCAGGCGGGCCAGGUGGCAGAUGCCAUGUUGGAUGCUGUUGUAGACGUGAUCAACCAGAAGUCUCAUAACAAUCUGACGCUGGUCAGAAUCGUGGUGUUUCAAACUGCUAUGGUCAAAGAUUUCCUCAGCAGUAUGCAAAAUAAAGAAGGAACAGAGGACAUUGCUGAAGAAAAGGACACAGUCUGGGGGAAAAUCAAAUCAUUUUUCGGCUUGACUGGCACUCAAAAGCCCCAAAAGGACAAAGACUUUGUCAUUGAGGGCAAGCAGGCAGACCCGGCCUGCUUCCACAUCUGCGGAGACUCCCUGACCAGAGUGGACCAUGCCAAGCAGCUGAUCAGUGACCUGAUAACCAAUCAGCAGUUCUCCAACAGCAUCAAAGACAACGCCAUCCUCAGCCUCUCCGAUCCGGACCGCCAGCGCAUCAGAGACAUGGAGGCCACUAUGGACGUGAGCGUCACGCUGGAGUACGCCUCGUCCCAGGCCGUCAUCACCGUGGAGGGCAUGAGCAAAGACGUGUCAAAAACCACCAACGAGAUCCACGAGAUGCUGAGGAGAGCACGCGAGCAGGAGGCCUUUAAUAAGAACGUGGAAAUGAUCGGUAGUAUGACCGAGUGGCAGCACCAGCAGCAAGGAGGACCGUUUGUGAACUUUGACCCCGUCUCGAACUUCCAUCUAGAGGAUGGGUUUCAAAAGAAGCGUGCUUAUGUGGAGGUCAACCUUCAGGGUCAGAUUUACAAGGUUCUCCUGCCGGAUGGACCUGGGACCGAUGCACAGGGGAACACUCUGCAAAUCAGACGCAUCGACAAGCUAGCAGGCCAAAAGGAUAAUCUCCCCCCCCAUUGGGAUGCCAUGCCAGCCAACACGUCAUGCCUGUCCUGCCCCAUCCAGCCAGGCAGCACAGAGUACAACACCGUUCAAGGCCUGUUCAAGGCCACCUGCCCAAGGAACAUAAUAAAGAUUGAGAGGAUCCAGAACUCGACCCUUUGGAAGAGUCUUCAGAUCAAGAAACAGGGGAUGGAGAAGAGGAACGGGCACCAGAACAACGAGAAGCAGCUCUUCCACGGAGCCUGCUACCAGUCCAUCGACCACAUCACACACAACGGCUUCAACCGGAGCUACGCUGGGAAAAACGCUGCAGCCUAUGGAAACGGCACCUACUUUGCAGUGGAGGCUAGAUACUCUGCUAGCGACACUUACUCCAGACCAGACCCCCAAGGCCAGAAGUUCAUGUUCCUCUGCUGCGUCCUGACUGGCGACUUCACCAGAGGACAACAUGGCAUGAUCGUGCCGCCGAGUAAAGGCAACACCAACGCUCAACUUUACGACAGCGUGACAGACAAUCCCGCUAGACCCUCCAUGUUUGUAAUCUUCCACGAUUGCCAGGCCUAUCCUGAGUAUCUAAUCACGUUCAAUUAGACACUGCUUACUGUAAAAUAAUGCUGCCAUCAAACCUAUGCCUUUUGAUCAUAGUUUCUCAAACUUUUAUAAUUUGUUGCAGGGAAACGUGCCUUUACAUGUGACUGUUGUCACUUUUACAAUAAACGCCAAACACAUCCUCUGAACAGUGUUUACGCUGAUGUUCAUUUGCAUGCUUAACUUUUAAGUGUGAUUUUCAUUUGAGGACUUUUAAGAAAACGUUUCAUCCCUCAAUUUCUUAAUGUUGAAAACUGAUUUAAUCUUCAGGUAAACGGCAUUGUAUUUGGAAUUACAUUUCUGGCCUUUCAGUUUUCAAAUUGAGGUUUUUGUAGUAAGUGUGUAGGCUUUGGCGUGGAGUGAACGCAUACCAUGUGAUAACAUUAUGAAUCUGUUUGGGUAAUGAGAGAUUCCAGGAAAUACUGCCUGAAGUGCCUUGUGUUCAAUCGUGUGAUGCCAUUGAAUGUAUGCUUAUUGCUUACUACGUCAACUCUAGCAUUGUCACCUGAAAACUGAAGAACCACAAGUAUUUAGAUAUGGUACAUAUAUCUAAAUGUGACAAAACUGAAAUGCAAUUACAUUAGGCCUACACAACUUACUGUUAUUAAAUACAUGGUAGCUUCUCUGAAAGAGAUUUCAUUAGGCGCAGAUCUGUUAUCAAUAGAGUAGUAGUUUGCGGGGUAGUGGCUCCCUCUACAGUUUGAAGCUCGUAAUUGCACGCAUGUUUAGAAAUUUGGGGCCUGUUUUAUGUUCAACAUUUAUGCAAAUGUUACCUUUUUGGGUUUAUAAAUGUGUAUUUCAUCUGUGUUAAGAUAUGCAUUAAAGAAUUCAGCACUUUAA